AUGGCUGCUGAAUUGGAAGAUUUGGUAGAGACCUCUUUUUCUGAGACAGCAUCAUCAGCCAAGUCUUCUCCAUAUGAUGAAGUUAUGCAGGAGAAAAAGAAGAAAGCAAAGGUUCAAGUAGUAGCAGAAACAGAAGAGAUUCAAGAAGUAGCAGAUCAGCAAGAACUGGAAGCCAUUCUGAAACCAAAGGGCUUACUUGAUCAGAAGCUCCAUAAUGAGGAGAUGGGUGAAAGUUCCAAAGAAGAAAGCAACUCAAUAGACUCUUCAAACGUGGGUUCUUCUCAGCCAUCAACAUUGACAUCACAACCACAGUUUGAGAAACCAUCUGGGCGGAAAUCUUUCACUUGUCUCUUCUGUAACAGGACAUUCCAUAGUCCACAAGCAUUUGGAGGGCAUCAGAAUGCUCACAGACGUGAGAGAUCUUUACUGGGUCUUGGAUACUCAUCUGCAGGUCAGAAAUCAGUGUUUCACAAGCAGCACUACCCAUUGUCUCUUUUGAAUCUUAGGUAUGGCCAUGGUGAGUUGUCAAGACCUAAUAUUGUAAGCACACAACCUAUAUUAGUCCCUAGACUGAGGAUAGAUGAUCAUCAGAGCAAUGAAGGUGGGAUGAGAAUGAAUGGAUUUGAUGGUAAUGCUUUUGUUAACUUGUUGAGAGGCUCCCCAUUUGUUUCAACAAACAUUGCAGCUAAUAGGGUGUCUGAUAUUGGUGGGUAUCUUUUGGGAGUUGGCAGUGCAGAAACUCAUCAAAAUGACAUGCAAGAUGUUGAUUUGUCCCUCAAGCUCUAA